AUGUGCAUGAGUUGUACUUGUUUAUGUGAGCAGCAUGCGGUGCGUGCACGUGCCGACUGCCGCAUGAUGGGUAUUUGCACAUGGGGUGUUAUGGUUCUACUUGUUGUGCAGGUGUACGCGUCGCCGAGCCGCCGCAAGAUGGACACGAAGGGCGAGGGCGAGGAGAUGACCUACCCACAUAUCUGCUUCAUGGUUGACAACUUCGAUGAGGUGUUCUGCGACAUUGUGGUGCGCGACGGGGAGAUGGUGUGCGUGGAGCUGGUGGCGCGCGGCCGCGGCGGCGCCGCGCAGGCCGUCAUCUUCCUCGGCUCCAUCCGCUACGACGCGCUCACCAGGGUCUAUGACGCGAGGAGGGUUGAUAUAUUGAUUGGUAGAGAUGUUUCGGGAUCGCGGUCGGGCACGCUGCCGGCCUCGCGGGGCGGCGGUGGGGGCGACCGGUGGGCGCUAGAGGGCGCGAUAUCAACAAGUAUUCGUCGCGACUUCACGACGCCGCGAAAUAAUGGAGCCAUAUUAUGUGCUCGACUGAGUUACCACGUGCCUAUAAUCGACUCUGUAUCCUAUAUCGUCAGGACA